GUCCGGGAGCGCCCCCUCCGGGGAUCCCGAGACCUGCGGACGCAGCGGGGCCCCAUGGACCCGCCCCCGCAGCUGUCCUUCGCCCUCUACGUGGGAGCCUUUGUGCUCGGCUUCCCGCUCAACGCCCUGGCCGUCGGGGCCGCCGCCGCGCACGCCCGCCUCCGCCUCACCCCCAGCCUGGUCUACGCGCUCCACCUGGGCUGCUCGGACCUCCUGCUGGCCGCCUCUCUGCCCCUGAAGGCGGCCGAGGCCCUGGCGGGGGGCGCCUGGCCGCUGCCCGCCGCGCUCUGUCCCGCCGUCGCGCUGGCCCACUUCGCGCCCCUCUACGCGGGCGGGGGCUUCCUGGCCGCCCUGAGCGCCGGCCGCUACCUGGGAGCCGCCUUCCCCCUGGGCUACCAGGCCGUGCGCAGGCCGCGCUACUCCUGGGGCGUGUGUGUGGCCAUAUGGGCCCUCGUCCUCUGUCACCUGGGGCUGGUCCUUGGGCUGGAGGCUCCCGGAGGCAGGACGGACAAUACCACCAGCCCGCUGGGCAUCAACACGCCGGUCAACGGCUCCCCCAUCUGCCUGGAGGCCUGGGAUCCAGCCUCAGCGGGCCCUGCGCGCCUCAGCCUCUCCCUCCUGCUCUUCUUUGUGCCCCUGACCAUCACAGCCUUCUGCUACAUCGGCUGCCUCCGCGCCCUGGCCCGCUCAGGCCUGAGCCACCGGCGGAAGCUGAGGGCGGCCUGGGUGGCCGGCGGGGCCCUGCUCACGCUGCUGCUCUGCCUAGGACCCUACAACGCCUCCAACGUGGCUGGCUUCCUGCACCCGGACAUGGGAGGCCGCUGGCGGAAGCUGGGGCUCAUCACAGGUGCUUGGAGCGUGGUGCUCAACCCGCUGGUGACCGGCUACUUGGGAGGGCGUCCUGGCAGGGGGACAUCACGUGUGGCGAGAACAAAAGGCGCCGUGUCCCAGAAGUAGCAGCCACUGCUGGGGGAGGGGCAUGAAGCGGGAGAUCCCGGUGCUUCCCCACGCCCCUUGCAGGGGACUACCGGCAGCCCUGCCUGGGGGCGGCCCUGGAGCCCCGUGUGGGAAGGACCGAGGCUGGCAGAAGACUGCCUUCCGGUUGGAAGAAUGGAGGCAGGAGGAAGGUGAGCCUGCCUCUCACACAUCAGUCUGACUGCCCUCCUCUGUCUGUCUCUCCUCUCCGUCCGCCCAUCCUUCCUCGCCUGUCGGCCAGCGUCCUGCGGGUGAGGCCUCUUCCACUGGGGAAGAAGUGGGACAGUUCCGUUCCAGCCCUGAUGAUGCACUUUGGGAGAUGCUCCUCCAAAAUCAUGUCCUGGGGAAGAACAUUUUAAUUUCUGUGUGAGAGAGGAAGCAGGAGGCAAGAUAACGAGGCUGUUAUACCGCUUGGCACUCACAAGGGGGCGGCAUUAGAAGGAGGGAAAAUAGCAACACAGAAAGCCGCAAAUACCAAGUCUCUAAUACGUGACAGUCACCACGCCAAGUGCAUUAUGAAUGUUGCUUCCCUUCACCCUCAUGCAAUCCUUUGAUUUAGCUGUAUGGCUGCUGUACAGAUAGGCAGGUUGUUCACUGUACAAGGGUGCCAGGCAGAGGGGCAAACGUUGACUAAAUUGUAGCUCGUGCUUUGCUGACCAUGCCAUGUGCCUGGCACAGGGCUGUUUCCAUCCAGGGGGAGAAGCAUCUUAUUCCAAUUUAAAUAAAGACAUCACUCAAUCCUUGAGCAGUGCACCUUGGCACAGGGUGGUACCCAUCUGGAGGAGGGUGCCUUUUCCUG